AUUCAUCUUUCACUUACCUGCUGACAUACGGCAACAAUGUGCUGCGUACAAGUCUUAUUUUAGCCCAUCAGGUUAAGACUCGUCACUAUCCGUGGCUGAUCGCUCCAACAUUGUUGCCACAUCGUUGCAAAAAUCAUGGACUUCGAAGACGACACUCACUACUGCCUCAAAUGCCAUGCAACAAUCUUGGGACUAGACAACUAUGUAAGCCACAAAAAAGAAUCUUGCGGCAGAGUAUUAGAACCGGAAACCCCGCUUGCAAGUCAGCUUCUACCCCCAGACGAGAUAGAACUGAAAGCCGAUGACUUUUUUUCAUCUCUCGAGCUGAGAAGCAGCUCCAAGAAGCCAGUGCCUUCAACUUCAGGCAAAAACUUCAAUGGUAUCCUAACCAGAAGCAAAAUAAGUGCAACUAUCCCGAAAGAGUCCGAACCCCAACAGUCAAAGUCUGGAAAAAAUGUCUGGAUUGGUGGCAAUCAGCUUAAAGACUUAGGCACUGGAGACAAUCAAUCCAAACUUAUUAAAGCUGUGGCAAACCUUGAAAGGAGAAAAGAUGCUGCUAGCACCAGCUCACCACCAAGAAUCGUAUAUGAGGACUCAGAAGAUGACUCAGAAGAGUAUGACUACGAGGACGAGGAGUCUUCAGAGGAAGACUUUGCGCCUCCAAAGUACUACACCGGGGGCAAAUGGAAGCCAAGCUCACCGGUCCAGUGGAAUAAUAGACCAGUGGAACGAGAGUGGAACGUACCUCCACCAACCUACACAGGUGGUAAAUGGAAGCCCAAAAGACCCCACUCACCCCCGGCUUCUUAUACCAAAGGCAAAUGGAAGCCAAGCAUUGACGAAGACGCACAAGCAAGUGCAGGAGGGAAAUAUCCAGCUCACUAUACUGGAGGUAAACAUUCUCCUCCCAGUCACACCAGAGGCAAGUGGAAACCUGAGGAGGACCCUCCACCAAGUCAUACAAAGGGUAAAUGGAAGCCUGCGGAAGAUGAUGGUAAGCACCCUCCUCCAAACUACACUAAAGGUAAGUGGAGACCUAUGGAGGAUCAGGUUAGUGGAGGUAAGUAUCCUCCUCCAGGAUACACGAGGGGCAAGUGGAAGCCUGAAGAGGUUAGUGCUGGUGGGAAGUAUCCUCCACCUGGUCACACAAAAGGAAAGUGGAAACCGCGGUGUGAGCAAGAUGAAGAUGAUUCUUUUAUUGGCAAAGGAAAAGGAAAAUCAAAGUUGAGAGUUGAGUGCAAUGAGAUUUCUACAGCUGAGCAGUGUACAAGAGGAGAAUGGAAACCAAAGUCAGAGUUAGAUGCAAGCUUAAGUGACCCAGCAAAAGUUUCUAUAGCUGCUUUUGAAGCCAGCUCACUGAAUAAUAAACCAGGACCCUCCUCUAGUCUAGUAUCAAAUUUGGAUACAAAAACAACUGUUCCUCCUCAUGAAGUAGAAGAAGCAAAUUUUCCUAUAAAAAUUGAAAAUAUUCGAGGGUAUUCAGAUGAUCCUCUUUUAAGAAAAUCGAGUGGUACAGUUCAGUAUUGGUGUAGUCCUUGCAAUAGACGCCUGGCCUCCAAACUAGUCUACGAGCGCCACCUGAAGUCAGAACUGCACUUUAAAAGGUCAUCUGCAGACGUUGAGUUUGACGAUGCAGCUUUUAUUAAAACAUUAAAAGUUGAGCAAAGUCCCGAUGACUCUUUUGCAGAUGAUUUAAAUAAAAAGCCCUCAGCAGAAAAGAAACGCAAUAGACGUAAAAUCUUUGAAAUAUGUCCAGUGUGUCGUUCAAAAGUUAAUAAGACCCUUAUAGGUAAACACCUCAUAUCCCACUAUCAUGUGAGAAAAGGAGACAUAUCCACCAAGUUGGCAAAACAGCUGGUGUUGGAUAACAUCCUAAGCGUAAUCCUGGAAAGUCCUUUUCAGUGCAGCGUUUGCAAAUUCUUCUGCAAUACUCAGGCUCAGUUCUUGGACCAUUGGAAAUCUUCACUCCAUAUCACUAAAGAUCAAGAAUAUCAAGGAUACUAUUGGUGCAGUUUCUGUAAAACCUCAUUGAACACCACUGAAGAAAUGCUUAAUCAUUUAUCGUCAGAGGAACAUUUGGAAGUUGUGUCUGUCAUCAACAGGUCGGUUCCGAUUAUUAUUAAGAAAAUGAGCAAAAUGGCAUGUCUCACUUGUGAGGAGACCUUCACCUUAAACAUCCAACUGUUAAAUCACUGUAGAGAACUGAAUCACGACUCCUCUAACGUUCCCAAGUAUGACAAAGAUGACUAUGAGUGUAAAGAGUGCGACAAGAAAUUUUUACGAGCAGUUUGUUUACAACGUCACUUGCUCAAGAAGCAUAAGCAGCACUACUUCUUUUGCAGCGUUUGUAAUUUGAAGUUUCUUUCUAAGUUGGAGGCGAAGAAGCAUCGAGGGUCUUCAAAACAUCGAUUUACACUUCUCGAUAAGAAGAGACCAGGAGGUGCCUGCACGAAACGAAGAUGUGAAUAUUGUGAUGAAACUUUUCCAAAUUUCAUGUUGUUGAAGGAGCAUCUUAAGGAGGUACAUCCAGAGCAUAAAGUUAGAUGUCCAUAUUGCGGAAAAAACUUCCUGGUAUCCCAAGAAUUGGCAAACCACAUAAGGGCCAAGGCGUGCAAAUUUCCAGAUAUCCCACAACACACCCAAAACGCCUACCAAUGCGACAAAUGUCAAUUUUCUUCAGAUUCACCUUCUGAGCUGCUGUACCACGAGUCUCUGAUGCAUUCUGAGCCUUUGAUUAUACAGUAUUUGGAUGCAAGGGAUAUUAAACGAAAACCUAUACCGAAAUAUAAAUGCCCACUUUGUGAUAAGUUUUUUCCGAAACUGUCACUGUUGCCACACGUGAGGCAACACACUAAAGAAAGACCCUAUAUUUGUUCAACCUGUAAUGCGAGCUUUACAAAAAAGAACACGCUGCACUACCAUGAAAAAAUCCAUAAAAACUUGAAACAACCCCAAAGGGAAGCCACUGAAGAGAAGAAGUUCUUGUGUUCGACCUGUGGAGUGGGAUUUACCAGAAAAUUUAUUCUUCAACAACACAUGCUGACCCACAGCGGUAAGAUAUGCCGAUGUCCAGAGAUCGGAUGUUUCUUUCUAGCCAGGAAAAUGAGUGAGCUACAAGAGCAUCUACAGACCCACGGUACCGAGAAGCAUUUCGCAUGUGACCUUUGCGGGUAUAAAGGAAAAACCAAGAGAUUACUGAGCAGACAUAUGAUUAUUCAUCAAGAGACCAAGAGGUUUAGCUGUAACGUAUGCCAGUUCACUUGCAGAUCAACUUCCCAUUUGAAAAGACACGUCCGGCUACAUACCGGGGCGAAACCGUAUAAGUGCCCCUAUUGUGAUUAUAAAUGCAAUAAUAUGGCAAAUCUUCGACGCCAUAUUCUCUCCACGGGAAAACACCCUGGAAAAUCCGUAUACGAGUGCAAAUUCUGCAAAUCUCGUCAUAACUACGAAACUAACAACGGUGCAGAAUUCAAAAAGCACCUCAUCCUACACCAUCGUGAGGAUUUUGGUUCGAACAAUACGGCAGCCACCUAUAUCACUGGAAUCUAUGAGGCAAACGAAGACAGCACUUACUGUGGUGACAUUUCCGAAAAUGUGGAUGAACCUGAAGAAAUUACUGAGAAAAUUAUACCAAAAGCUGAUGGUAUCUUAAAGCUGGACACCAAUGAGGAUCCGGUGAUGCAACCAACCGAACUAGAGAACAAGGACAGAACGCUGGAUCAGAUGUUGCCGAUGUUCAUUAUACCGAAAGAUGACGUGGCCACUGUCGAAAUAUCCGCUCCGGAUGCGUGGAAUCUGAUUGGGCGUUAUGAUGUUGAUCAAACUGGCACUUUAGUGUCGUUCCAGAGUGAAGAAGAUGAGGAGCUUUUUAGGGAGCAUUUUUAAUGUACUUUUUCUUUAAAUAAAAUUAUGUUUAAAAAGACAAA